AUGCCUGACCAAGUCUCUGUCCUCUUCUGCUGCAUGGGCAACAUCUGCCGCUCGACCAUGUCCGAGGGCGUUUUCCAGGCCAUGACCAAGAAGGCGCCCUACGAGGGAUGCAUCGCCAAGAUUGAUUCGUGCGGAACGAUCGGCUACCACACGGGCGACGAUCCAGAUGACCGCACCAUGGCCACGCUGAAGCAGAACGGCAUCACCGACUACCACCAUCGCGCAAGAAAGAUCUGCGCCGCCGACUUUGACCGCUUCGACUACAUCUUCGCCAUGGACCGUCAGAACCUAAACGACCUAGAGACGCUGAAGCGACGAAAGCCCGACAGCAAGGCGCGCGUGCAGCUCUUUGGCGAGUACUCGGGCACAGGACGCGCCGAGGUGAUAUCCGACCCCUACUACGGCGGCCACGACGGCUUCACCAAGACGUACGAGCAAGCCACCCGGUUCAGCCAGAACUUUCUCAAGGCAAUCUUCCCCGACAUUGAGACGUCGUGA